AUGUUGCAGUACAUUCCAAGUGUGGCAGCAGCGACCCACUCAUCCAAACAGCAGCAGCGGCCCAAGAUGUCCAUUAUCCAGCUUAUGCGUUGGCCAAAAGCUUAUGCAGCAGCUUCCAAAUUUAAUUCCAAUCAGCCCAAUCAGCUUCAACAGCCCAUUUACACAGAAAGAUGCAAACAUGUUGCUGAGGAUGGAGGAGGUGAAGUUGUUGAAGUUGGUGAACAUGAUGAAGAUGAGGUUGAUGAGGCUGGUGUGGAGGGUGAAGGUAAACUUUGUGAACAUGGUGAAGAUGAAGUUGGUGAAGAGGGUCAAGAAGAAGUUGCUGAGGAAGGUGAAGGUGAAGUUGCUGAAGUUGGUGAACAUGAUGAAGAUGAGGUUGGUGAGGAGGGUGAAGAUAAACUUUGUGAACAUAGUGAAGAUGAAGUAAGUGUCGAGGGUCAAGAAGAAGUUGUUGAGGAUGGUGAAGAAGAAGUGGGUACAAGAAGUGGAUGUACUACUCUAAAGAAGCAUGUACAAGCCAGAGGAUUAUCUGAUAGUGAGUGGAAUCUCAUAGCUGUGCCAAUAUUUAUUUAA